UUGGAGUUUACCACCGGUAAAUUAAUAUCAAGGUUGUCUGUUCAAGUCAUGUAUUUGAUAUGAAUGAUAGGACAGAUUAUGAUUCGGAUGAUGAAUUUUUUGACUGCCAAUCAGAAGCUUGUUUUUAUGCCAUAGCUUCCCCUCGGAAUACAGGUCAGGGUGAAGUUUUUGUGGAUCCAAAGAGGGCUUACUUAAAGUUACGAGGUAUCAAGGGUGCUAGGCUCAAGUUAUUUGCUAAUCAUGUCGAUGCUAGCAAAUUUGCGAGUACCCCGAUUGAUGAAGAGAACCUGUCCAAUCCUUACCCUCCAUCGCCAAAGCCUGAUGUUGAAAGCAGCCCAUUUGCUAGUGCCAGUCAACAGGCCCUAGUUCGUUUCCGAUCAUUGCUAAAUAGCGGGGACGUCGGUAGUGUUAAGAAAAUGAUUGAUGAGAACCCAAUGAUAUUAGUAACAACCAGUGAUACACCUACUAUAUUGCAAAUACGCUUUCGAUAUAAUGCAUUACAUGUAAUUGCUUCAAAUGGCAAUGUCAGUAUGCUUCAAUUUCUUCUGAAUUGUAUUGAUUCUAAUGAAUUUUGGGAACGUCUCUAUCCAGGUGUAUCUAAAGAAGCAUCUUUACGACGUCAACAAUAUGUUCUAGACUUAUAUUUAAAUAGUCCUGAACUUGGAAAUUUUGAAACUCCCCUACAUUUUGCCAGUAAAUUUGGACAUAUUGAAUGUGUUUCCACGCUUGUACGACAUCCUUUAACGAAACUUAAUCCUCAGAAUUUUGCAGGUCAAACACCUGUAGAUUUAGCUGGUACUCGUUUGGUUAAUCAAGACAAAAUUAUUCAUUCUGAUUUCAAUGGUACCAUUAACAUAGUGAAUAGAAUUCAACAGAUUUUUGAUGAAAGGUUAAAGUUAUACAACAAAAUGAAUUAUAAACUUUCUAUUUCGAAUGUGAAAGAUAAGCUAAAUGUUACUGUUGUGUUCGUAUGCAUAUGUACCUUUGCUAUGCCUCUGCAUGUAGAUCCACGUAAACACGAACUUCUGGAAGCUAGAAUUCAAGGAACUAACCAUAUAAGAUCAAAUAGUAAUGCACCUCCUCCCACUAAGUCUGAUUCUUAUGCUUCUGGAUAUAUGUUUCCGAUAACAGAAGAACCUUCUCGCACUCCAGAACACUCAGUUUUACGUGGUUCUUCCAGUCCAUUUAGUUCGGUCGGUGAACACGACCUAAGUACUAGUAGCAGUGAUCUUAAGCUAGUUUCCACAGUAGUUCCUUCGAUAUCAGUUGAAUCAAAUGAAAGAAUUCCGAGUUCAGCAGAUCCGAGCAAGAAGUCACACAACCCAAAUUGCCAAAAUAGUAAUCGAUUAGAGAUCACUAAUCCAGGUCCUACUGUUCAAAAUUCACAUAUGCCGCCUGUUCAGUCACAAGCUAACAAUACAACUUCACCUACAACUCCGAAAAACAAUAAAAUCCUUUCAAGUUCAGUUGGCGAAUCUGAUAACAUAUCAAGUGAUGGCUUUCUCAACUCCCUCAUUAAAUCGGAUGAUAAGCUUGUGGAAGCUUCGGCUCCUUGUAUCCCAGUAAAUCCUCUUGGCUCACCUCAAUGUCUUCAGUAUGUUUCAAGAUCGAAUUCAAUGCACACCCCAACUACUGUUGCAGGCAACAGUCCUGUGAAACAAUCCCAUACAUUUGUAGAUGAAAAAAAUGUUCCUUAUUCUACAUUCCAACUAUCUGUUCAACCGUCUACAGCAUUUAUUGAGACAAACAAUCCUGCAUACCACUUAUCCCCUUCGAUAGGACCAGUUACUCCAACUCCUGAUGGACAAUGUGACUCAUUACUAUCUCGAAAUGGUACGAAAAAACGGCGAAAAUUAAUGAGUUCUGAUGAAGGUCAUACACCGAAACCUAAAAGAACAAUUUGCCAAGAACGUGGUUCCAAGCGUAUCGAUGAACUUUUUAAAUUCAUGCCUGGUCCAUUAUAUUCAUCCUGUGGUUCAACCAGUCCAACACAAAAUCCUCGUCUACAGAGCCCUUCACCUACAAGUGGCCAUUCUCUUGAUAAUCAAAUGGUUGGCAUAAAUCAUAAUUACAUCCCAUCAUUGAAUGAAGCAGUGACUACAAGUUGUGCCAGUAACGAUCAAAUAGUGAUCACAUCAGUAACAGGAGCUCAAUAUGCAAAUAACGCGGCUACUUUCCAAUUGUCACCUGUUCGUGCCAAUAGUACAGCAAGUCUAAGUGAUAGUUCUGGUGAAAACCCUGUAUCAAUGGUUGGUUUAAGUAUGGCUGCAAAUGUUAACGCUAAUCCAACUUCUUGUACAAUGCCAUGUAAUGCUACUCCAUUGCCUACUUAUUCUUCUAACCUUCAAAUACCUGCUAAUAUGAAUUCAUCUCAACCACAAACUGGGCAAUCUAAUGUUGGUUAUUUAAAUCCUGGAUCCGGUCCAAAUAAUCCCAUUACACCAAAUAUUCCUGGUGUUUCUGCUUCAUGCACAAACAACUCCAGAUCUCAUGUUGGAGUGCAAACAGAUGAAACUGUCACUCCAUCGUCAACUGCCGAAUGUGUGGAAGAUUCACAAUGCACAAAUACCACAUCUUUGCAUAAUAAUAAUAAUAUUAAUAAUCCUCCUUUAUUUACAACCGGUGCACCGGCUUCACCUGUUCCGCUAACCACUGUUGAAAGUCUACAACGUCGAAUAGCUGACUUAGAACAUGAAGCUGUUGUUCAACGAGAGACUAUCACAAAAUUGCAAGAGAAUGCUAUUCGUUCUCGUGAGAUGAUACGUGAAUUAUUGAUUGAAAAAAGUUUACUUGAAAGGAAAACUACACGUCAAAAGGUGAUGGAAAAUCGUUUACGAUUAGGUCAAUUCAUCACUCAAAGACAAGGUGCUCAUUUUGAAGAAAAAUGGAUUGAAGGUUCACGAUUUAAAGAAUUAGAUCAACGUCGUAAAAAUAUUGAACUUGUACGUGAAGAGAUUGAACGUAAAAAGAAACAAUGGAAUAAACGUAAACCAAAUGUUGGUGAUGCUAAAAAGAGUACUAAAUCAAAAUAUGAUGAAGUCUCUGUAGACGAAUUUUAUGAACAAUUAGAAAUUUAUGAUUUACGUAAACAAAUGCUUGUUAAAGAAGAUAAAGAAAUUCAAAUGGAACUAGAACGUUUAGAUCGUGAAAGAAAUUUGCAUAUUCGUGAAAUUAAACGAAUUUCUAAUGAAGAUGCAUCACGUUUUAAAGAUCAUCCAUUAUUGAAUGAACGAUAUCUAUUGUUGAAUUUAUUAGGUAAAGGUGGAUUCUCAGAAGUGCACAAGGGUUUUGAUCUUGUGGCUAAUCGAUAUGUUGCUUGUAAAAUUCAUCAACUUAAUCCUGCUUGGCCUAAAGAUAAAAAAGAUAAUUACAUUAAGCAUGCAUUAAGAGAAAUUGAAAUUCACAAGACAUUACAUCAUCCAAGGAUACCAUUCGGUCAUAAUAUGUCACAAGCUGAUAUUUUACAUGAAAAUACUAUACUACAUGCACGAUCGAUUGUAUUUCCAUCGACUACAAAAGUUAGCGAUGGAGCAAAAGAAUUUAUUCGAAAAUGUUGUACCUACAGAAAAGAUCUUCGACCGGAUGUCUUUCAACUUAGCAACGAUGAUUAUUUAAAGCCUAAAGCUCAAUUAAAACAUUAUCUCGACACAUCUACACUUCCUGGUCCAGUCGGUGUUCCACCAAAUAUGACCAAUCCCCAACCACCUUCAACUUGUAUUGAUCCCUCCAUUCCUACUACUCCUGUUAGCAACCAGUGUAUGAUAUCUGGAUAUCCAACAAGCAAUCCUGUCAUCAAAUCUUCUUGA